AUGAAUAAGAAUAACAUCAGUGAACUCUAUGCACAAUGUAUUCAAUUAUGUAACACAAAUAAAGUCAAUAAAAAGAAUGCAUGGGAUGUUCCUAUUAUUGAUUUGAUGCAAGAUAUAAUUAAUGAAAAUGAUGAUAAAAGCAAAUUCCAAAGAGCUAGUACUUCUAUUGAUGCUUCAUUGUUGAUUUAUUCUUAUAGAGUUGAUGAUAUUUAUCAAGCAUUUGCUAAUUUUGCUGAAUUAAUAACUACAAAUCAACUAGACAAAGAAGUAAAUGUUCAAAGUCAACAAACGGAGUAUAAAGAUAAGACUCUUCAUAUAAGAAAAACUAAAAAACUCAAAUUACAAACACUUGAAAAAUAUCCAGCAAAUUUAAUUAAUAAAUCUUCAAGAAAGUCAUAUCAAAAUGACUUGUUGUUCAAAGUGUAUCUUCAAAAAUAUAAUACUCAUUUUUUAUCAUUAAUUGGUGAUCAUGCCUCAUUUCUUGGUGAUUGGAAUCAAUCAAUUAAUAUCACUUCUUAUGUUCAAGAUGAUUUAACUACAGAAAUACCUUGUUGUCUCAAUUUUGAUAAAAUUCAACAACACCAUAUAACUUCACAACAUUCUCACCAACCACAACAACAUCAAUAUGAUUUCACAGAAUUAGAUGAUUUAUGUGGUGAGGAUAAACAAAAACCAAUUCUUGGAAUACCUACACAGAGAGAAAUCAAAGACAAGAGAAGUUGA